UCAGUAUGUAUGGGACCCGGGCUCCAGCUGGCAUGGGGUGUUAGGGGCUUUGCUCGGGUGUAAUAAAGUCCUCCGUAAGGCACACCUUUAAGCACACGGCUACCUCAAGGAGCUACAUUACAAGUCAUUGCACUGACCUACAGGAGGUGGCAGACAGACAGACAGACACCCGGGACUGCUUUGAUUGACACAGAGCCCUUUAACUCGCGAACCCCCGUUUUCACUCGGAUAAGUGGAGCAGGUUAAGGCUCAUGGAGUGAUCGGAUGUGCCGGUGCGGUGAGUGCACUGCGGGCAGCGCUAGUGGCCGGGUCCCGAUGACACUGAGCACUUCUGCCGGGGACAGCAAGGCAGGAAGCGGUGAAUUCUGCGCGUGUUGCGGCGUGAAAAUGAUACCUCACUUUUCGGAGAAUGCUGUAAUAUCUCAAAACACCAUCAACCAGCUCAUCAGUGAAAGUUUCCUGACGGUAAAAGGCGCAGCACUCUUCCUCCCGCGUGGAAAUGGAUCGUCUACCCCAAGAAUCAGCCAUAGACGCAACAAACAUGCAGGGGAUCUCCAACAGCACCUGCAGGCCAUGUUUACACUCCUCCGCCCUGAGGACAACAUCCGGCUGGCCGUGAAGUUGGAAAGCACCUGUCAGAACCGCACACGUUACAUGGUCGUCGUUUCUACCAAUGGAAGACAAGACACGGAGGAGAGCAUCGUUCUAGGGAUUGACUUCGCUUACAACGACAGCAGUACGUGCACAAUGGGACUUGUUCUUCCUCUGUGGAGCGAUACUCUCAUUCAUUUGGAUGGCGAUGGGGGGUUUAGUGUUUCAACUGAUAACAGAAUUCACGUAUUCAAGCCGGUAUCCGUUCAAGCCAUGUGGUCCGCACUGCAAAGUUUGCACAAGGCCUGCGAGGUAGCCCGUGCUAACAACUACUACCCCGGCAGCCUCUUCCUCACGUGGGUUAGUUACUAUGAGAGCCACAUCAACUCCGAUCAGCUAUCCGUCAAUGAAUGGAACGCAAUGCAAGAUGUCCAGUCCCACCGCUCGGACUCACCGGUGCUCUUUACAGACGUGCCGACAGAACGUGAACGCACAGAGCGUUUAAUUAAAAUUAAAUUACGAGAAAUCAUGAUGCAAAAAGACCUGGAAAAUAUUACGUCUAAGCAGAUACGGACGGAGCUGGAGAUGCAGAUGGUGUGUAACCUGAGGGAGUUUAAAGAGUUUAUUGACAACGAAAUGAUUGUGAUCUUGGGCCAGAUGGAUAGCCCCACGGAAAUCUUCGACCACGUGUACUUGGGUUCAGAGUGGAAUGCUUCAAAUCUUGAAGACUUGCAAAACAGGGGGGUUAGGUACAUCUUGAAUGUGACGCGUGAAAUUGAUAACUUCUUCCCAGGAGUCUUUGAGUAUCACAAUAUACGAGUGUAUGAUGAGGAAGAAACGGACCUUCUAGCGUUUUGGAAUGACACCUACAAGUUCAUCUCUAAGGCAAAAAAGCACGGUGCUAAAUGCCUUGUGCACUGCAAAAUGGGGGUCAGCCGAUCGGCUUCCACUGUGAUUGCGUACGCCAUGAAAGAAUAUGGUUGGAACCUGGACAGAGCUUUUGAUUAUGUGAAGGAGAGACGUACUGUUACCAAACCCAACCCCAGUUUCAUGAGGCAGCUUGAGGAAUAUCAAGGCAUUCUGCUCGCCAGCAAGCAGAGACACAACAAGUUGUGGCGUUCUCACUCCGAAAGCGACCUGUCAGACCAUCAUGAACCCAUUGGGAAAACUGGAAUGGAAGUGAAUAAAAAGGACAUCACAUCUUCAGCAGAGCAGCUCUCUGACAUGCAUCAUUCCUUUUCUCAGACUGAAAACCAGAAUGUUGAUUUCCCAGCUAACAGCACUUUGUGUAAUAAAUCCCGAGCACGUUAUGAGUUUACGCCCUGUGACUUCCACGCUGGACAAAUAGAGGACAUCUUAAAUCUCAACACCAUGAAUGGAUGCCCUGCACGCUGCUGCUCUGAGGAAUCCCAGUUUCUUGACAAUUGCAGAACCGAAAUCACGCUAAAUGAUUUGACGCAGCAUGCGGAGUCCUAUAAUGACCCACCUGAAAUCCCUGAACUGACUCUAGAGGACAUGGAGAAAGAUGCAUUGAAGAAUGAGGUAAACUGCCAUCUUUUGCCCAUGGAAGAACUUGAAGCAGAUCUGAGAGACUUACCAGAGUCCCCUGACCAAAUAUUCCUAACUUCACAGUCUGAGGAUAUGAGUGCAGACAGGAUUGAUUUCCUUAGCGCACUGGAAAAGUUUGUGGAACUAUCUCAGGAGAAUCGGUCCCGCGCAUGCUGCGCCACCCGGGUGGACGAGCAAACAACCAGCGUCAAGAAUGGUGUCUUAAAAGGUUCCUGGCCCGAGACAUCCUUAAACGAAAGCCCAGAAGACAACACAAGGCUGAGUUCUGAUGGAAAUACACCACAAGGCUCCGAAGAGUCCUCUACUGAUGAGGAUCAGCUGAAGGAGGUUUCUGGACAGACAGACCAAGAUAACAUUCUGAAACCACACACUGAAAAUGCAAUAUCUGUGAAGGAGAUUAUUACAGAGCUUGAGUCGUUUAACCAGGGAGUAGGUCAGUGCCAACAGAAAUCAGACAAUCUGCCCAGCCAAGCACAAACACCAAAGAGAAACACAAUCCACGAGCUGCCAGUCGAAUCUGCCUGUGAUCUGGAAUCAAACUUUAAACAGGAACAGAGCGAGGGGCGCCCAGCGCAACACGACAAGUCAAAAGACCCAAAAUGUCCAAGCCGGGAACGUAAGCAGACUUGCCAGGAAAGUUGUGAAAUAUAUGAUGCGAGUGAGCAUCAAGAACUCUCAGGCCCAGCACCCAAGUGGUGUUCCGGCUCUGUCCGGAGAGCCACAAUGGAGUUCGAGGAACGCUUAAGACAGGAACAGGAACAGCAACACGUCGUGUCCGUGCCAACGAGGAAGAACUCAAAAAAUGAUUCGGUUUGCGAUGCUGCUCCAAAGGGAAAGCUUGAAGAAACUUCAUUUGACGCCAUACAUGGAGAUCAUGAAAGGGAAAGGAAGGUCAAAAUAAAAAUCUCUGAGUCGGAGACCACGGAACCUCAAAGAGCUGAGCCAUCCACAGAUUUAUUAUCCAAUCGAUUGCCUGACAUGCAUUCUGUGCAAUUCAAAAACGAGUACCCCUUUUCAGAAGUUUCACUAAAAACAAAAGAGAUUGCAAAAGAAGAUGGGACGCUCCCGCUUGAAUCCCCGGAAAAAAGUGAGCCAACGCAACUUCCAAAGAGCCCAGAAAUGGAGUGCAACAAGGGUGCUAGAUCUUCAGAUGACAAUGACAAUGAUAUUAACACUCGCGAAGCUAACUGUGGACAGGAGAUUCUAGCAAAUAAAACUUGUAAUCUUUAUGCAGAAACAUCUUUAGAUGUUUGCUCAAAUGUGUUAGACCACUCUUCUGCACAUGUGGAGAAUAUUUCUUUGUCCAGUAGCUUUCAUCUGGGAUUACCAGUUAUGUCCUCUUCAAAUGGGAGUCCUUGCGAAGAUGACAUCAGUAUCACGAACACAGGAAAAAAUACUCUUCCAGAUCCAGAUACAUGUUUGAUCAGCCCCCAUUACCAGGGUACUCCGUGCUCUUUCACCUUAGAGGGGGUCACUGAAGAAUGCUCCAAUAUAGAUGAGGAUCUAGGUGAUAUGUUGAAUUGCACAGUCCAUUAUCGUAACGAUGGGUAUGAGGAACUUGGUGAAUUACACAGGGAAACUGACAGUGCCUUGUCUCAGCUCAGUAGUGAAGACCUCAGCUUAAUUAACAAGCUUACAGAAAAUAUACGAGAGUUACAAGAAGUUCUAGAUGUUUCAUUUGGCCUUCCCCAUAGCGCAAGUAGUGACAGCAUCAAAGACAUGAGUAACAACCCUGGGGUUGUUAAGCAGAGAGCUAAAGAAAUAGAGGCACGAAUUCGGCAAGCAGGUCUUACCACUCCGUCCCAGAUGAAACGCUCUGCCUCUCUUGCAAAGCUAGGCUGUUUGGAACUUUCUAAAGACGAUUUGUCUGAGAGGGAAUCCGUUUCAUCUGAUCUCCAAACUUAUCCUGACCUGCUUCAGUCCUCCCUUCAUAUUGUGCCAGGAAACUUUCACGUGACUUCGGAGAUCAAAUCGGAAGACCCACCAGAAAAACUCUGUAUCAUCUCUAUACAAGCUUCUUCGGAACCAGAGCCAACUAAACAUUUUGUUGAACAGAUAAAAACUGAAGAGCGUGUAGCGCAAAGCAAACCGGUGGAAAAGCCUCUUGUGCAGUAUGCCAAAGAGUUUGGUUCAGCUCAGCAGGGUUUAUCUUCUAGUACUGAAUUAACAGCCUCACAGGAACACCUUCCCCAACCUGUGCUACUAGAUGCCUCCACGCCGCUGGUCACAGUGUCCCCCAGGCAUGAACAUGGUAGAACUCAUCCCUUGAGGAGGCUUAAAAAGACCAGUGAGAAGAAGAGGACAACCAAUCCACUGUACAACACCAUGUGAUCUUUUGGACUUGUUAUGCAUUGUUCUUACAAAGGGGCAGGUGUAAUAUGAGAGGAACGUGCACUUUAUUGGUUAAUUUUUAUAUAUUUUGACAUUGUUUUACUGUUCCUGAUGCAUGUAAGGUAUGGGUUCCCCUUUUCUCCUCCUUCCCUUUGUACGUGACUCCUGAUUGCACACGUCGGUGUACAUAUAUAUAAAUAUAUAAAUACAUGUUCUUGUUUUUAAUCUUCGAAAACCUCAAAUUUGUUUUUAAAAAAGACGUUUUAGUAAAAGAAGGUGGCUGACUCUAGUUUGUCCUACUCUGAGUGGCAGUUUCAAUGCUGUGGGGGCCCAGCACACCUUCGGAUGCAAUGCGUCUCAGGGGUCUCCCCCAAAACUGCUCCGCACUGCCAAAAGGCAGACUGUUCCCUGAUCUAUACAGCAACUGUGAAAGCAAAAUGUUUAACACCUCUCGGAGGUUUAGCAGUCAGUUUGCUGGUGCUGCGGUGUCCUGCAGUCGCCAUUUCUGUUGUACAUAACGUUUUUAUUUUUACAGCUUUAAGUUAUUUUAGAGUUCCUCAUAUACCUGUUUUUAAGAGUCUUUAUUUUGAUAGUGUUUAUAUCCCUGGAUCGACUAGAAGUUUCUGCAU